AUGGCACGACCCACCGAAUCCCGCAAAGUUUGGACUACCCUCAUAACCAAUACCGAUUAUCUCUCUGGCCUGCUUACCCUAGAUUACUCACUGAAAGCUCAGAAAUCGGCAUACCCACUCCUGGCUCUCUAUACUGAUACUUUCCCUCCUGUUGGUCUUGCUGCGCUGGCCUCCCGCGGUAUCCCCGCCAAGCGCAUUCCCUACAUACUCCCUGCCGUUCACAAAGAUUAUUCCAACGAUCCGCGAUUUUACGACUGCUGGUCCAAGCUUACCCCUUUCUCACUUACAGAAUACGAUCGUAUCGUCCAGUUGGAUAGCGACAUGCUUAUUCUAAAAAACAUGGAUGAACUUAUGGACCUGGAACUUGAUCCGCCCGAGCUAUCUGGGCAAGGCCGAAGAGUAUUCGCUGCAGGUCAUGCCUGCGUUUGCAAUCCUCUCAAGAAGCCACACUACCCCAAGGAUUGGAUCGCAGCCAACUGUGCGUUUACCUCGCAGCACGACAAUCCUGACGAAGCACAAGUCGUCGCUGCAGACCCUUCCGUAGGGCCGUUAGGCUUCAUGAACGGUGGUCUACAAGUCGUCAAUCCCUCUCAGGCUGUAUACGACCUCAUUAUAGAUUACAUUAAUAGCGACGCGCUGCCCAAUCUUGACUUUGCCGACCAAAGUGUCUUGACAAAUCUUUUCAAGGGCCGUUGGGUGCCUCUUCCAUACAUCUAUAAUGCGCUAAAGACUCUACGAUGGCCAGGAGUUCACGAUAAGAUAUGGAGGGAUGACCAAGUGAAGAACAUUCAUUACAUCCUUGCCCCCAAACCAUGGGACGAAAUGGACACGGAGGGAAAGUUUAUUGGAAAGGACGAGUCACACAGCUGGUGGGUGAAUUAUAACCAGGAGAGGUUAAAGGCGGAGAAGGCGGCGGGGAUUCCGGCUGACGGAUUUUAG